AGCUAAUGCAAAGGUGCUCUGCAUUGUUAUUAAAUGUCAUUGACCCCCCCACCCAAUUCCCCACUUGUCUAUGUGCCAUGCCUAAUUUUGUUUGUCAGCAUCUCCUGGAUCCAGACAUCUCCAUCAAACUUGUAUGCAGCUACAUAGUAAUGGACACAAGAUCAAUUUUUUUUUUCCCAAUUUCAUCUCUUUAGAAAUUCUUUGGCCUUCCAAGACUCUACUGUACUUUUCUCUCUCUACUAUCUAAGAUGCUCUAAAGCUCUGUUCUUCAAGACCCAAGUAAAGAAUUAUACAAUCAUAUCAUCUCUCCUUUGUUUUCAAUUUCUGGAUUUGUGAGGAGAGAAUUAAAGUGUUAAUCUUGUUGCUGUUCUAAUAUGAUCUGGGCUGGCAAAAAUAGAUUCUUCACAAACCGAGUAAGAUUCUAUAUAUCUAACUCUACUCAGUUCAGUAACAUACUAGGUUGCUUUUUUGUUAGAAUUAGAGUAUAAUUAACCGUUUUUAUUUAAAAUCCAAAACAAAACCCAUUGAAUUAAUGUGAAAAGGGUAUAUAUUUUAGUGCAGAUGAUGUAAGAAAACCACCGAGUACCAGAAACAAGAACACCCAUAUUUCCCAGACCCUCAUACCUUAUCUGAAUCCAUACUCAACCUGAUAUUAUAGUUGAUCUGGAUUCAGAAAUCCAUAGAGUCUUACCCCAAAUUUCUAUACACUCAUACCUUAUCUGAUUGCAUAAUCCAGUUGUUAUUUUUGGGGUAUAAUUUGUGUGAUUUGAUCUGGGUUUGUCAUGAGAAUAUAGAUUGUGAAGUAGGAGAGGGUGUUUGGAUUGUAAUGAGUGAUAUUUGAUCUGGGUUUGUCAUGAAUACAGAGAUUUUGAAGUAGAAGAGGAUUUUUUUUUGUUUUUUUGGGGUUAUUUGGUUUGAUGGAAACUCCAGCAAGGCAGCAAAGUUUUCGGAGGAAGAAGAUGACAAAGCAGUUAACAGGAAAACGUGAUGAUACUCCAUUACAUUCAGCUGCAAGAGCAGGGAAUUUGGAGGAGGCUUUGGAAAUAAUUAAACAUAAGGGGGAUGAAGAGUUGAAGGAGUUCUUGUCCAAGCAGAACCAAGCUGGUGAAACAGCUCUUUAUGUGGCUGCUGAAUAUGGCUAUGCUGAUGUGGUGAAAGAGAUCAUAAAGUAUCAUGAUAUUGGGUCUGCUGGUGCCAAAGCUAGAAAUGGCUGUGAUGCUUUCCUCAUUGCUGCCAAGCAAGGGGACUUGGAGGUAUUGAAGGUCCUUAUGGAGGCUCUUCCUGAACUUUCAAUGACUUUUGAUCAAUCAAACACCACAGCAUUGCACGCUGCUGCGGCACAAGGCCAUCUUGAAGUCGUGAAUUUUCUGUUGGGAAAAAAUAGCAACUUGGCCACCAUAGGAAAAAGCAAUGGUAAAACAGCCUUACAUUCUUCUGCAAGAAAUGGGCAUUUGGAGGUGGUGAAGGCCCUCUUGAGCAAAGAACCGGGACUGGCGACAAGAAGUGAUAAGAAGGGGCAGACAGCCCUCCAUAUGGCUGUUAAGGGACAGAGUGUUGAGGUGGUUGAUGAGCUUAUUGUAUCAGAUGCUGCUUUGAUCAAAAUGGUUGAUGGAAAGGGCAAUACUCCAUUGCAUAUUGCAACCCGAAAGGGUCGCACACAGAUUGUUCGUGCACUUCUAAAUCACAAAGAAAUCGAUGCAGAAGCCAUUAACAAAUUGGGAGAAACUGCUAUUGAUACUGCUGAGAAAACUGGGCAAUCAGAGAUUGCAAUUAUCCUACAGGAGCAUGGAGUCCAGAGUGCAAAAUCCAUCAAACAGCCAACAAAUAUGGCCAGGGAAUUCAAACAGACUGUAAGUGACAUAAAACACGAGGUUCACAACCAGUUCGAGCACACACUACAAACGCGAAAGCAGGUAAAAGUUAUGGCCAAGCGGCUUAACAAGAUGCAUGCAGAAGGGCUGAACAAUGCAAUAAACUCCACCACCGUUGCUGCUGUGCUCAUUGCUACUGUUGCCUUUGCUGCCAUUUUCACCACCCCUGGCCAGUACCCUAAUAGCCCGGAAGAAGUUCCUCCUGGAUUCUCUCCAGGAGAAGCAAAUAUAGCUACGCAACCCGAAUUCCCAGUUUUCUUCCUAUUUGACUCACUUGCACUCUUCAUAUCUUUGGCCGUUGUGGUGGUUCAGACAUCUGUUGUAGUUGUAGAGAGAAAAGCAAAGAAGCAAAUGAUGACAGUUAUUAACAAGCUAAUGUGGUUGGCUUGUACAUUUUUGUCAGUGGCUUUUCUUGCACUUGCCUAUAUUGUUGUGGGGAAUCAUGAGAGGAGGUUGGCAGUUGGAGUAACAAUUAUAGGAACUGUGAUCAUGGUCACGACAUUGGGGACAAUGUGUUAUUGGGUGAUUGUAUACCGAAUUGAGGCUGCCAAUUUGAGGAGCAUUCGUAGAUCAGCAAGGAGUAGCAAGUCCCAGUCGUGGUCCGUUUCGGUGAUGUCAGAUUCUGAGAACCUAAAUGAUGCGAAUACAAAACUCUAUGCAAUUUGAUUUUGACAUGCCGGUAUCCUUUUUUAGCAUGCACUUGGCAUGUGUCAUACUAUGGUUUCCACGCCUUUGUGUAUAUACUGAUGUACUGUAAUCUCACUCUGUCCCUUUUGUGGCUGGCAAUUGCAUUCCGGGUUGAACUUGAAAGUCAUCAGAAGCAGCAGAGGAUCAUAAUCUCUUUAUUGUGAAAUUUUAUGAUUUUAAUUUUCUGUUGGCUAGUGAUUCUCACUAAAUUAAAGUCUAUAUAUGCUUGUCUGUUGGUUCAACUUCUGUUUUCUACUCCUUUGAUUCCAGGGCUUCAUUAAUGGGUUCCAUUUUCUUACAUAUUCUUUUCUUCAACGUUAUCAGAUAAUGCAUGAUUCCCGGUACAAACUAUAGAGAUCAUAAACCUUCUCACUGGCAGUUGAUAUAUCUCGCUGUCGUAAUUGAAUUUUUAUAUGCGAUAUCUAGCGCAAGUCCUGACCCCGUAAUGGCAGGAGCUUCAUGCACUGGGUAUGCUCACCUCUUGACAACUUGUGACCAACUCAUGCUUUUCUUCUAAACAGUGUCCCAUGUGUUUCCCUAUCAUUUCUUUAUAAUAAUCGAUCCUCAGAGAUGAAUUUUGGAAACUUCUAACCACUAUCAAAAACAAAACUGUUUAUGAGAUACCUGUGCUCUACUGCUCCAGCUUCGUGCAAGCUAGCGCAUACCACAUUUGCAUUAUGUAGUAAGAGGAAAUCCACUAGCUUAAUCAUC